UACAUUGCGUCUAUGGAAGCUUUCAUUCUUCUCCGUAGAGAUUCUUUGCUCAGAGGGAGGUGUUUGUUGAAGUGUAACGGGCCGACGUUGCGGAAGAUGUUUGUAAAUAAAUGCAGUUUGAAAUACCGAAAUCUUUCCCUCUGCAAUAUAAUUUAUUCUAAGAAUUUUGAUUGAAGAAAAUAGUUACCCAAAAUGCUUUAUAUCAUAAUUGUUAUUUAAAAUACUAAACAUAAUUAUUUUGAGAGAAAUGCUUUAGAAAGAUGAGUAUCAAAGCGUUUGACUUAGUUCCUGCAAUAGAGAGAGUUUGUUGGUCUGAGAAAGUCAAAACAGUGAUAGAAUGCUUGGAAAGUUGUGGGAAGAAUCUAUUUGUUGGAACUCAAGAAUGUUUUAUUAUUCAUUACAUUUUGGAAGAAAAACAUCACAUCGAAGGAACUGUAAUAUUUGAACCAACAAAACAAAACCAGAAAUAUUUUGACUAUAAAAAACCUAUUACUGUACUGAGAGCUUUAUCUGCUUUAAAUCGGAUCUUACUUCUAUGUGAUGGGAAUCUUGUGGUGCUCAAUAUGUUUGAUCUGGAGAUUAUUCCAGCUAUGACCAAACUAAAAGGUAUCUCUUGUUUCUGUCUGAAUGAAAAUCCAGAUACAAAUAAUCCUUUUAGUGUUGAAAUAUGUGUUGCAAAAAGAAAACAGUUGAUGAUUUGUCAUGUAACAGAUGAUAAAAUUAUUCAUUUGCGGGACAUUGUUAUAUCUGAGCCAGCAUUAGUAAUGGCUAUGGAUGGUCAAUAUGUUGGUCUAGCUUUAUCUUCUAAGUAUGUUGUACUAGAUACGGAAAGUGGUCAUGCUCAAGAUCUUUUUCCAUAUGAUAGUAAUACUACUACUCCUCUAGUCAAACGCAUUACCAAGGAAGAAUUUCUACUUGGUGGUCCAAGUGCCUUAGGUAUGUUUGUAACUACGGCAGGAAUCUCUGAAAGACCUCCUUUACAAUGGGGAGAUAAUGUUAUAUCUGUUGCAUAUUCUCAUCCGUAUGUUGUUGUGCUAAGUUCAGAUUACUUAACAGUUUACAGUGUAUUGGAUCAGCAACCCAAGCAGCGUGUUACUUUCCAUGGAGGUAGCUGUUUAGAUAACUUUGAUGGUAAAAUGUAUGUAGCAUCAGCAGAUAUCAUAUGUGCUUUGCUUCCAGUUCCAUGGGAGAAACAAGUACAGUCGCUUUUAGCUGAUAAGAAGGUGGCUGAAGCUUUGGAACUUGCAAAGUAUUCAAAUAAAUCUGAAUUAUCAAAAGAUCAGUUUAGAAGUAUAUUGAGGCGAAUUCAUCAACAAGCUGGCUUUAUAGAAUUUUCAUUGUUUCAUUUUGAUGAAGCUAAAGAACACUUUCUUGAAGGGCAGUUGGAUGUGCGUGAGUUAAUAAGUAUAUUUCCUGAUCUGCUUCCAUCAAAUUCUUCAUUUGCUCGGAUAAAUCCUCCUCUGCAUGAUAUUGGUAAUGUAAAUGAGAUGUGUUCAUAUGACUCGCAGGCUAUUUCAGACUGUAGACAAUUUUUGCUUAGCUAUUUAGAGGGUGUUAGAAAUUCUGCUGAUUCUGCUGGAUGCAAACUGAAUUGUUUCAUUUCCCCAUGCAACGCUGCCUGCGAAAAAUUUGAAGAGAAAGCUACGCCGGAAAAAUAAAAAAUGCAGGACCACGAGCAUUUAAUAAAUAGAUAUCUCGUAGUUGCUUUUGCUAUCCAGAAAAAUUGGGAAAGUGUGAGAAUGUGCUCGUGCAUAAUAAAAAGUGUAUAAAAGCUGGAGGGAAACAUCUCAGUUCAGUUCUGUUGUUUAGCAGUUGUUUACUUAUUGCUAUUAAUGAUUGUAGCACAUUUGCGGUGAAAUCCAAUUCUCUUUCUCUGUUUUGAAUUAAGUUCUGUUGAGCGUUUUAGUAGUUUAAAAUAUAACUACUGUGAGGUAUUACAAUAUUGUACG